AUGGGUUCAGAUCUCGACUACGACCAUCCCGAGGUCGUGAAAGAUGUCCUCAACUGGGGCAAGUGGCUGGCGAAAGAGGUGCCCCUCCAGGGAAUCAGAUUCGACGCAAUCAAGCACUAUAGUGAGGACUUCUUGCGCCAAUUCAUUACCGAGCUGGACAAGGAAUAUGGCAAGGGAUGGUUCUUUGUCGGCGAGUUCUGGAAGGACAGCCUCGACGACAUGACUGAGUAUCUGGCUCGCAUGGGCCGUCAGUUCACCCUCUUCGACGCGCCGCUAGUGUACAACUUCAGCGAGAUCAGCAAGGGCAACGGAGCGGAUAUGAGGAAGGUGUUUGACGAUACACUGGUGCAGAAGGAGCCUAUCAACGCUGUGACCCUCGUCAUGAACCACGACACUCAGCCUUACCAAGCCCUCGAGGCACCUAUCGAGGGCUGGUUCAAGCCCAUUGCAUAUGCUCUCAUUCUCCUCCGCUCCUCCGGCUACCCUUGCGUCUGGUACGGUGACCUCUACGGAAUCAAGGGAGAGCACCCCUUCCCGCCAUCAUGCGGCGGCGCUCUGCCGAAGCUUAUCCUUGCCAGAAAGCUCUAUGCCUACGGUGAGCAGGCUGACUACUUUGACUACGCCACAUGUCUCGGCUGGGUCAAGUACGGAACCUGGGACCGCCCCUACGGCUGCGCGGUCGUUGUCAGCAAUGCCGGACCCGGCUCCAAGCGGAUGCACGUCGGCGAGAUGCACGCCGGAGAGGUGUGGACCGAUGUCCUCGGAUGGAACGACCGUGAGGUCACCAUUGGCGACGAUGGCUUCGGCGAGUUCGUAUGCUCUGGCACUUCAGUGAGCAUCUUCGUCAAUAAGGAUGCAGAUGGCAGAGACAAGUUUACGAAGGAAUUCGACUCCAACAUUUACGAGGAAUAA